AGGCGUUCUGGCUCAAGUCCCCCCAAUUAAAGGAGACUUGGCCCCCAGCACAGGCGAUGGUCAGCGGGACAGGGACACGUCCAAGCUGUGGUCCAAAACGCCAAAGGCCGCACGCACCUUAGGCCGUUCAUGUCGGUGCAUACUUGGCCCUGGGCACUUGGAUCUAUUGAAUCGAAAUGGUUCUUAUAUCUAUUGAAGAUCUAUAUUGUGCCUAGUAUGCUGAAUAGACAUGGUCUUACUACACAAAGAGAAGCUUGUGGACUUGUGGAAGUUCGAGGCAAGCUUGUUUUUGUGUAUGUGUUUCGUUCCUGCCUGAAAAUUGGUAGAUUGGAUCCCUAAAAUUCACAUUAUCUUCUCCAGAUAGCUGGAUCGCUACAGGGUUGGAGGCCAUCGCUCUUAGGUUGGAGGCCAUCGCAAGCAGGUUGGAGGCAGUCUCUUUUAGGUUGGAGGCCAUCGCUCUUAGGUUGGAGGCCAUCGCAAGUAAGCUGGAUCGCUACAGGGGUUCUUGCUUCUCUUCCAACAAGGCCAUGAUUGCAACUUUGCGCCUGGAAACUCUGGAAGCCUGGCCUUGCUCGCAACUUUUUGCCUAGAACCCGGAACCUGAAACCUUGCAACUUGCAACCCUAGAAGUCCGUAGAAUGCUGGAACCCCAGAACCCGAACUCUAGGUCUUGAUCUCAACCACCAAGCGACUGGUCUUUUAGAGCCUGCCUGGUGAGUUUUCCUAGAAAGGUCUAUCCGUUGUUUCUUGCAAAUAUAAUUCAGAUUGGAUGAACGUCUGAAGGUCUUAAAAAGGAACCUGGACAUGGACUCACGAGCCCGGUUUGGAAAUAAGACGUUGAGGCAAGACAGCCCUGCUGCGGCCAACUGCCCCAUUUGUUGUGGCCCCUUGAGACACUGUGUAGCACUUGUUCCCUGUGGCCAUGCUUUUUGCAAGACAUGUGUGCAAGUUUGGUUGCAGCAAUCCCCAUCAUGUCCGACAUGCCGUGGCUGCGUGGAAGAUGGGCAGUGGGUUCGAGUUAGAGUCAUGGACGAGGUGCUGAUGCUUCUUCAAAGUAAAACACAAGGAGCAGAGCACGAAAAACAUGUUGAGGAAGAGAUCCCGCAAGCUUCUACCUCCGGUGAAAGCUGCUGGACAUGCAGAAGGAACGAUGCAACUGAGGUUUGUGGCGUGUGUGAACAAGACCUCGGCCUUUGUCAAAACUGCGCUGUACAUAGCAUGAUGCAGUGUGAGGAGUGCGAAGCUUGGAUGUGCGGAUCCUGGUGUGCCUCCAAGCCUUGUGUUUAUUGCCGCACGCCCCAUGUAUGUGCAAACUGUUACCAGUCACCUUUGAGACGGUGCCCACGACCAGAGUGCUAA